AUGUCUGCCGUCCAGCCUGUCGCAGUCUACGCCCUUCGGGUCCCUGCCGGUGCUAUGGUUCCCGCCGUGCCCAAUGCCGCCGCUUCGUUCCGUGUGAGCAUGGCUGCCAUCGACCCUGAUGAGACCCCCGAGUACGAGGAUGGCGACUCCAGCAAGCCCGCCCGCGCUACUCUGAAGAUUGUUCGCGCUCCUCCCGGUCUUGACAUGGACGACGACGAGUCCGAUGAUGAGGACUACAGUGAUGUCGAGGACGAUGAUGAGGAAGACUCCGAUGACGAGGAGGUCAACGGUGGUCCCAGCGACAAGGAGAAGGCCCGCAAGCUGAAGAAGGCCGCCGCCCAGAAGGAGCUCGAGGAGGCGAUGGAGGAGGAUGACGACGAGGACGACGAGGAUGACGGUGGCUUUGAUCUCAGGGCCGCCAUCUCCAAGCUCAUCAAGGGCAAGGGCCCCGCUAACGACGACGACGAGGAGUCCGACGAGGACUCCGACGAGGGUCUCGACCUUGAUGAGAACGUUAUCUGCACCCUGAGCCCCGAGCAGAACUUCCAGCAGCCUCUGGACAUCACCGUCUGCGAGGGUGAGCGCGUCUUCUUCAAGGCCACCGGUAACCACACCAUCUACCUCACCGGUAACUACGUCAUUGGUCUCGAUGAGGGUCACCCCGAGUUCGACGAGGACGAGGAUGAUGAGGAUGAGUACGACCUGUCUCCUGAUGAGGAUGAGCUGGACAUGGACGACAUCAUGGCCAUGGAGGACGACGAAAGCGACGACCUUGACGGCAUGGAUGACCCCCGCAUCACCGAGGUCGAGAGCGAUGAGGAGGAGGCCCCCAAGCUGGUCGAGAUCAAGGGCAAGGGCAAGAACAAGCGUGCUGCUGAGGAGGAGAGCCUUGACGACAUGAUGGCCAAGGGUGCCAAGAAGGCCGACAAGGCCCAGGAGCCCGCCCUGACCAAGGCCCAGCAGAAGAAGCUGAAGAAGAACAACGGCGAUGCCGCCGCUGUUGAGCCCAAGAAGGAGGAGGCCAAGAAAGAGGCCAAGUCCGACAAGAAGGUUCAGUUCGCCAAGAACCUCGAGCAGGGUCCUACCCCCUCCGGUGACAAGCCCACCGGCACCCUCGGUGUCAAGGAGGUUCGUGGUGUGACGAUCGAUGACAAGAAGCUCGGCAAGGGUGUCGCUGCUCGUAGCGGCAACACCGUUGCCAUGCGCUACAUCGGUAAGCUCGAGGAUGGCAAGGUUUUCGAUUCCAACAAGAAGGGCAAGCCUUUCUCUUUCAAGCUCGGCAAGGGUGAGGUCAUCAAGGGCUGGGACAUCGGUGUUGCCGGUAUGGCCCCCGGUGGUGAGCGUCGCAUCACCAUCCCUGCCCACCUCGCCUACGGCAAGAAGGCUCUCCCCGGCAUCCCCGGCAACUCCAAGCUGAUCUUCGACGUCAAGCUCUUGGAGAUCAAGUAA